UUGAGGUACGUUAUUGUUUAUGUAAAUUAAAUUUAAUCCUUAGCAGGCUGCAUGUCAGAAAAAUGGAAACAAAUCGGGUGAUUUGUGUGCAGGACUGUUACCAACUUAUACAUGAGCUUGAUCAAGCUUCCAAAACUGAGUCAGAUGUUCAAAUAUCGGAUGAAAUUGUCUUGGCACUAAGAAGAUACGUAAAGAAAAGAAUGUGGCGUGUUGGCAUAGUGUACGCAGCCUCCCAAAUGGCAUCAAGAAUGCUUGAAAGUUACCAACCUUACAUAAAGUUUAGAACCGGUCCUUUGGCUCAUCUACUGACUCGGCAGAUAACACACCCUGCAAUUCCUCUAUUUCGUGCAUUUCUUCAACUUUUUAUGCCAAAGUUUAUGGCUUGGAUGAUAGCAGGGGAUGGGUAAACGUAGAAAUCUAUCUCAAAACUUAUGUGUGCGCGCAUGUAUAUGUGUGUGUGUGUGUGUAUCACCAUAGCUUCUCAACGUCAUAACCUCCUCAGUUAAGGACCUUCCACAGUUCCACUGAGACAGUGUGAAAAUGCUACAAAUUUAAUUUAUUGCAAAACUUGAGGAAGCGGAAACAGAUAGCAAACUUAUAUCAUUCAUGUUGCUCUUGUUGGUGCAGGUUAUUUCUCGAAGGGAGUGAACUGAAUGCAAAGUGCAGGAUAAGUAGCAAACUUAUGCCAUUUGCCCAAGCUCUCAAAUAUCAUCUACCCUCUUUGGAUCUACUUGGGCGAUGAUUUAAAACCUGUUCCCACCACUAAAAUAUUUCGGUGGGUUCUAUAAAUAAACAUCAAUUGAGACAGUGAAAAGCAAGUCCAAGGCUUUCAUCUCACUAUUGGUAAUAUUCACAUAAAAACAUAAAUUCGAGUUUAGAGUUAUACAACCUCCUUAAGUGUGUACAUCACAAUCGACACCCACAAAAAUCACU